AUGUCACUAAAGCGGAAAGCUGACACAACCGUGUCUAAUGACGCGAAGAAACCAAAAGCUAAUUGUUCCAUAACUGCCUUCUUUCGAAGCCCAAAUCCCAUAUCUAAGAAAACAGAGAGUCCCGAGAGCAGCACAUACGACCCUUUACUGACUUCAUCGCCCACAAAGACCUUCAACAAGGAUGUAUGGGUAUCAAGCCUUACGGCUGAUCAGAAAAAGCUUUUAAAGCUGGAGAUUGAUACACUGCACGAGAGUUGGUUAAAAGAAUUGAAGGACGAUCUUUUGAAGCCAUCAUUUCUAGAACUAAAGCGCUUUCUAGAAAAGGAAAAGGCCAAUGGAAAGGUAAUAUUUCCGCCUGAAAGUGACAUUUACUCUUGGUCCCGAUAUACGCCGCUGAAUAAAGUCAAAGCCGUGAUUCUCGGUCAAGAUCCGUACCACAACACCUCACAGGCUCAUGGUCUCUCUUUUAGCGUCAAUCCACCCACCCCACCACCGCCAUCUCUUCGCAAUAUCUUCCAAGCACUUAAAAAUGAUUAUCCACAGACUUUUAAGCCACCCCCUAAUAAUACUGGACAACUUACCCCUUGGGCACGCCAGGGCGUUCUCAUGCUCAAUACAUGUCUAACAGUGCGAGCUCACGAAGCAAACUCUCACUCCAACCGCGGCUGGGAAGCCUUGACACAACGUGUCAUUGAUAUUGUGGCGAGAAAGCGAACGGGUGGUGUUGUGUUCCUCGCGUGGGGUACGCCUGCCGGUAAACGAGUCGGAAAGGUGGAUAAGGAAAGACACAAAGUAUUAAUGAGUGUUCACCCAAGUCCUUUAAGCGCAUCCCGAGGUUGGUUUGAGUGCGGGCACUUUCGAAAAGCAAACGAAUGGCUGGUCAGUCGCUAUGGUGCUGGUGCCGAGAUUGAUUGGGAUUUGAGUAAAGUUCGGCCAGAGAACAAAGAACCUUUGGAGGAAAAGAAGGAGGCAUGUCCCGAAAACAUGGAAAGGGAAAUAGCAACGCAACUCAUUGCUUCAGAAGAGAUACUUGAUAAAAUUGUCCAGAAAGCAGAGUCAAGUGGCUCGCCCACAGCAGACGAGCCUAACACGGAGAAGGGGCGUGAUGGGCUCGCUAAACACAAAGAAAAAUACCCGCAAGUUACAGAAGCCGCAGCAAAGCCACAAUGGGAAGACGCAUGGUUGCGCAAGUCAGUCGCGCCGAAUGAAGUUCAAGAGCUUCUUCGAGGUUGUGUCGCAGAGAUUAAGGCGCGAGGUUUGGAUAUUCCUUUUCUACUCUUACCUUUCCGACCUACCUCAGACCCCAGCGCCGCGCGUACCUUCAUACGACAUCAUUUCGAGAAAAAUCUUCGGGGCGAGUAUCUGGCCCAAGAAUUACGACUGACUGAACCCAUGGUUCUUUGCAGUGUACUUAAAUGGUGUUGGUGCAGACUACCUGGUGGCGUAGUAGGUUGGGAAGCAUACGAACUCUUCAGGGUCGGUGAAAUAGACUCCAACAUGGCUCGUAAUUCAUUCGCCACUUUUAUACCAAUCAGCGUAGAUUCAGAUGUUCGUCAACAAAUUAUUUUUGACUUUUUUGAUCUUCUUUCCGCUAUCGCCGCACAUAGUAAAGUGAAUGGAUUAAGUGGACGAAAAUUAUCGCGACUAGCUGGCUGGUGGGCUUUUGAACAAGCAGAUAACAAAUCCGGAUUUGAAGAAGGUUAUAAGGAAUGGAUUGCUGCAGCGAAUGCGACGAGCCACUUAUUUUUUGCUUAUCUUCGAUCACUAUCGCCGGACCAAGCAAAAGGAUUGAGUGGUAUGACAAACCUUCCGACAUCCCUGCAAAAACUUGUUUUGGAAACUGAAUAUCCCCCGAAAUACCCCGCAAACAUGCAGACCAAAAUUUUCAAGAUUUCGAUGGUCGUUGAUACAGUUUCGCCCACACCAUUCGCUUUGCUCCGCAGAGCAAGCCACUUUCAGUACCGUGAUGAAGAUAAAGAACUAAAAAAGCUAGCUGAAUACGAGGAUCCCGUAAAGUCUUUGGCUGACGAAUGCCGUCGUGUCCUGAAGUCUAUCUCCUCUGCAAAUCAAUUACAAGUCUCCCGGUCGAAAGUAUCCGCAGGCUUGAACGACGCAUCGUGGUCCAGAUUCCAAGAUUUAGGCUUCGGCGAAGACUACAAUAAUGAAGAAGAUGAUGAAUACGACGAAAUAGGUACUCUAAAGCGACAACGUCACAGGCCUAGGACAAUAUUAACACCAAAAAAUCCAAUGAUAGGAAGACCAACAACUCCAUCAUGGGCUGACUUCUUGUCUUCUGGAUUUGCUGAUCAGGAAGCAAGUGCACCAUCUGCGCUUCUCUUACCACCAGGUAUAAGUUUACCCCCAAUUGAGGUUCGGACACCAAGCUCUAGCUCACGAGACCGGAACGAAUUAUCACAGCUAGAACCCGGUGAAUUAGCCAGCAUCGCAAAGUUUAAUCUUGAUCAUGCCUUUUGGUGGGCUUGGAUCUGUAGCUUGGCUGUAGAGGAGCGACCUGAAAGGAAAGCUGCUUUCGGAAGAUGCGCCUUAAUUGAGACAGUUAUUUUUGGUAGUAUCUGGUUUGUACUUGAAGAAAAGGUCAGAGGGGCCGCUCAAUCUCCGCACGAAGAUAUAAACGUUUCUGAAAAAAAGCAUUUUUGGGGACGAUCUAAAAGAGGAAAAGACCUUAAUUGGCGAAAGCUAUCCGUUCGUCAGCCACCAGAUGCCUCCAGCUCUCGCUCGCCGAUAUUUCCUACAACACCCCAUUCAACAUUUAGCAAUUCAAGUAUUGGGUCUGAACCUCACGUGCGAAUACAAGCAGCAGCUGCUAAGCUCCAACAACAGCAAAGAGAUGAUGCAAGGCAGCCUGAUAUGCAAAGUAGAGGGAUGGAUCAGACCACUGCAACAAAGACAUCUAGUACUAUGACCCUCCAGCCAGUAGUUUUGAGUGAAGUUUCACCAGCGAUGAGAUGGGCAAGUAAGUAUGAUAAGGAGGCUAUCAAAGGAAAUUAUUUAAAAAGCUCAAGUACAGGUCGCGGAAACGGAGAACAGAUGGACUCAACAAAAGGUUUACAACAUGAAAAUAUCUCGGGAGACGUUACAAAUAACAAAAUAUCUUCCUCAACUACACCUACUAAGAUCCCAGUUCCUAAUUCUCCUGCCUCAAUGAAAGAUAAUAUACUGCGGCCUCGGAUCGAAGCGGCCCAAAAUAUUUCUGAAAGUGUAAGUUUGGGGAAUUCUCUGCCAGCUCGGAAAAAUGUUGCAGAUAUCAUGACAACUCGGUCAUCUGUGGACAUGGAACCAUCUAGUCCUCAAACUCCAACCUCUUUAAGAAGAAAUAGCUCGAGUGCUGGGUUUAAAAAAUUGUUUGGUCGAAAUAAGACCCAAAAUGUGAAGGGUUCUGAUCAUCCCCCACAAGCAACGAAUGGCCGCGAAGCUUUGGAAAGAAAGACCCGAGUAGGCUCUUCUCUUGUUCGGAAACUCUCCGGGAUCCGAAGGCGAUCCUUCACUCCGAGCGAGAAGGGUGAUACACGGUUAAGUCCCUCCGAAGCUGUACCUGUGAGCGGUAAGAGGUCUUCAGUCGUAUCCAAUCAGCAUGAUAAUCUCGAAGCUCGAACUUCGACAGCGCAGGAUAGUAUAUCACGAGUCAAUACCCAUGAAGCACAAGAAGCCCAAGAAGCAUUCUCUAAUUUUGACCAAGAAGGUCCGCCUGACGAUAGCUCCGUUAGAGUUUCUAAAGAUGGAUCUCCUAUCGAUAAUCUCCGUAACGUAUCUCUACCCUUUUCUCCGCAAGAUUAUAAAGAAGACACAAGUCAUAAGCAUAGAUCACCUCCGAUUGAUAGGUGGGCACAGAUUCGAAAAAAUGCUGCUGAACGGGCUUCUCAACGACAAACUGAUCUACAACCUAAAGAAGAUCAAAGUUUUCAAAAAGAUAUAGAAGAUAAAGAUACCAGCGGAGAUGAGUGCACGUCCUUUCAUCCUUGA